CGGCGGCGGCGGCGGCUGCGGCGGGAGGCGGUGGCUCCGCCUGGGCCCGGGGCCGCUUCCCCGGGCGGCCGGGCGGGGGCCGCCCCUUGCCCCGGGCCGGGCUGCGCGCGCGCCUGCCCCUGCGCGGCGGGUCCAGCGGGGACGGGCCCGGCCUGGGGGACCCGGCGCUUCGGAGCCUCCUGGGCCUGGGCUGGAGCCUGCGCCGCCUGCGGGGCCUGCUGGGCGGGGGCAGCAGCGAGGAGGAGCCGGAAGAGUUCCAGGGCUUCCCUCCUGAUGAACCUGUCUCCCAGAGUUCCUUGCGUGCCGCCCUGCGCUCCCAGAGAGGUGUGUUGCCCCAAGCCAGCAGCAGGAAGAGGGACGUGUCCUUGCUUGCGGUCCCCUCCAAGGCACCGGCCAGGCCGAGGAAGGGCGAGGCCCAGCGGGAGCGCAUGGUCAGGGCCCUGGCUGAGCUGCUCCAGAGAUCUAGGCCCCCGCCGGCCAAGCCCCCUCCGGGCGCCAGCCCCACUCAAGCCACCAGGACGCCUCCCAAGCAGGACCCAGGGCCCUCUGAGCUCAUACCCCCUUCCCCAUCCCCCAGCAGCCCCCCAAGGGGGAAGAGCCAUGACCCCAUGGUGCCCCACCGGCCGCGGGGCCGCCCUCGCGGCUCCUUCAAGAAGAAGCCGGGAGCUCCUCAGCGGGAUGCCAAGGCUCCCAGCGCUGUCCCAGCGCCCCCCAGGAAGAGCCAGCAGCCGGCCUCUGGUGCCAGACUGAGCUCCCGGAGGAAGGGCCCUGGGCGUGGGCGGAAGAAAUUGCCCCUGCUGCUCAAGUUUGUCUCCAAAGCAAAACGGCUGAAGUCCGGGCGGGUGGUGUUGGCCCGUGCCAGGCUAAAGCCCUCCAUGGGCAGGAAGCAGGGCAGCAAGAGGAGGAAGAGCAGCCCACCAAGGAGGGGCGAUGUUUUGCCGGGGGACUCCCCCACUCCCUCUGCCCCUCCUCCAGAGCAGCUGCCUCAUGAGACACCAGCUGAGCCACCCUCUCUGACCCAAGCCCGGUGGAAGCGACGGAGACGGGCGCAGGGGCUGUCCCGGCGCGAGGGCGCUGUGGAGGAGAGGCCGCUGUCGCCCCCGUGUCCGGCCCAGGCAGAGGAGGAGUCAGCUGCCCCGGCCUCCAUCGCCCAGUCCACGCGGGCACAGUGUCUGAAGCGGGGGCGGGGCCGACCACCCCUCACCCCCAGUCAGCGGGCUGAGCGGGUGGCGGCUGCCCAGCGGGAGGGUGCUGGCACGGUGGGCGAGGAGGCCCCUGGGCACAAAGCCACCUUCCUGAAGAACAUCCGCCAGUUCAUCAUGCCUGUGGUGAGCGCCCGCUCCUGCCGCCUCAUCCGUCCUCCCCGGCGCUUCAUGGACGAGCCCCCCCGACGAGCACCCCGGGCCAAGGCCCCUGAAAUGGAGGGGCUGCCCUGUGGGGAGCCCCCAGCCCCACAGCAAGCCCCUGGCCAGGAGGUGGCACCUGGCCAGCCCCCCCGCUCACCUGACGAGUAUCCCUCCCCCGUCUCGUCACCCCCUCCUUCUCCGGGCCUCUCACCCCCAGCCUCCCCUCUCCCCAGCCUCCCCGGCAAGCGGCGCUCUAUCCUGCGGGAGCCCACCUUCCGCUGGACCUCCCUCAGCACCUCGCCACCUCUGCCCCCCGAGGCAGGCAAGUCCCUCUUCCAGCUGCCCCCCGAGGAGCCCCACCUCUUCCCGGCUGGCCCCCUCCUUGCCCCCUCCCCGCUGGGCAGGCGGCCCCCGCUGCUCCGGGCCCCUCAGUUCACCCCCAGCGAGGCCCACCUGAAGAUUUAUGAGUCGCUAACAGUGUCAGCUGAGGAGCCAGAGCCCAUGUGCCUCAGCGAGGCCGGGAAGGACCCCCCACUGUCCCCUGUGCCCCGGCCAGAGCCCCCUUCCCCCCACUAUGAGCCCGUGAUGACCCGCAGUGGCAAGCGGCUGCUGGGUCGAACCAACCACCUGACCCUGCCCCUCUUUGGAGAGCCCCCGCAGCACCUGCCUGUCCCCCCGGACACGGAGCUGAUCAAGAUGGAGGACGUGGACGUACCAGGCGUGGUGCGUAAAGUGGCCAUCCGCCGUGUGGCCUCACUGGCCAGCCAUGAGUCCGAGGAGGAGGAGGGCUCAGGGUGUGAGGCCGAGGAGCAGGGAGCUGUGGUGCCUGCCCGGGAGGAAGCAGCACCGGCUGCACAGCCAGCCCAGCUGUCGGGCAUGGACAAAGUCUACAGUCUGCUGACUCGUGCCAAGGUGCAGCUCUUCAAAAUCGACCAGCAGCAGCUGCUCAGAUUGGCCCCGCCAUCACCCAACGUCAAAUCGGAGGAGAGUGCAGAGGCUGUGCCAGGGGGGGCUGAGCCGGAGCUGGCUAGCACGGACAGGAACGAGACAAGGAAACUGGGCCAGGAGUCUCCAGUGCAGGGCCCCCGGAUCAAGCAUGUGUGCCGGCAUGCGGCUGUGGCGCUGGGCCAGUCACGUGCCAUGGUGCCCGAGGACGUGCCCCGCCUGAGCGCCCUGCCCCUGCGCGAGCGGGAGGAGAUCGCUGCCUCACCGGUCGCCGAGGAGACCUCCUCGGCCUCAGAGAGUGAGGGCGGGCGAGCACGACGAGGGAAGGUGGAGCCAGUGACAGUGAAAGCCCCACCCCCCGUGCGCCGCCCCACCCCCCACCACCACCAUCACUCAGGCAAGAAGAAUCGCAUGACCCGCUGCGGCAAGUGCAAGGGCUGCCUGAAACUGCAGGACUGCGGGACCUGCGUCAACUGUCUGGACAAGCCCAAGUUCGGGGGACCCAACACCAAGAAACAGUGCUGUGUGUACCGCAAGUGCGAUAAGAUUGAGGCGCGCAAGAUGGAGCGGCUCUCCAAGAAAGGUCGCACGGUGGUGAAGCCGGUGGUGGCACGGGACUCGGAGGACUCACAGGAGGAAUUUCCGGCACCCUGGGAGCUGAUGCUGGGGGCGACGGAGACAGCAGAGCAGGAGGCCCUGCUGCAGCGCAAGUCAGCCCGGCGCUGUGUCAAGCAGAGACCCUCCUAUGACAUCUUUGAGUCCACGGAUGACUCGGACGCCGAGCCCCAGCCCGGCUCCGCCACGCCGCGCAGGAAGCCCUCCCGUGACUCGGACCUGCUCCCUAUGGAGGCGGAGGAGCAGAGCCGGCCGCGGAGAACGCCACUGCAGCCUGUUGUGCAGCUCAAGGCGAGGAGGAGACUGGAGAAGGACACACUCUCCUCUGGCUCAUUCCCUUCCUUUCCCAACGGCUGGAACGGGAAGCAGAAAUCCACUGACGGCGUCCACCGGCUGCGCGUUGACUUCAAGGAGGACUGUGACUUGGAGAAUGUGUGGCUGAUGGGGGGGCUCAGCAUCCUGACCUCCGUGCCCGUCACUGCCCAGCUCAUGUGCCUGCUCUGCGCCAGCAAGGGCUUCCACGAGCUGGUGUUCUGCCAGGUUUGCUGCGACCCCUUCCACGUGUUCUGCCUGGAGGAGGACGAGCAGCCGCGGCGGGAGCAGGAGGAGAACUGGUGCUGUCGCCGCUGCAAAUUCUGCCAUGUGUGCGGGCGCAAGAACAAGGUCUCCAAGAUCUGCUCUGCCUGCAUCCGCUGCAAGAGCUGUGGGGCUGCCCCAGGGAAGAGCUGGGACACGGAGUGGUCCCAUGAUUACAGCCUCUGCCCCCCCUGCUCCCUGCUCUAUGACCAAGGUAACUACUGCCCCAUCUGCUCUCACUGCUACGAGGACAACGACUACGAGAGCAAGAUGAUGCAAUGUGCUAAGUGCGAGCACUGGGUUCAUGCCAAAUGCGAGGGGCUCUCAGACGAGGACUACGAGAUCUUGUCCAGCCUGCCAGAGAACGUGGUCUACACCUGCCGGCCCUGCUCUGGCAGCGACAAGGCCAAGUGGCGGGACGUCCUCACCUCGGAGCAGCGCAAGGGGCUGCGCAAUGUACUGCAGGGGAUGAUGGCCUCCCAGCAUGCCGAGCCCCUGCUACAGUGUGCCCAGUGUUGCCCAGACGACGGCGUGAAGGUGCACCGGCGGCCCUGCGACCUGCGCACCGUCAGCAAGCUGUUCGAACAGGGCCACUACAGCUCUGUGCACGCGUUCAGCGAGGACAUGGUGGCCAUCCUGCUGCAGCACCUGGAGGAGCGUGAGGGCCUUGAGGAGGAGCAGGGCGGUCCCUCCAUCAAGGCACUUUACAUUGAGCUCAUGGCUCGCUCAUUCAGCUGGUUCAAUGCACAGGAUGCCAAGCGCUGGCAGCGGCGCAGCUGCCUUCCCAAUGGCAUGCUGCCCGACGCCGUGCUGCCCCCCUCCUCCGACCACAUGUAUGCACAGUGGCGCCGGCCCGAGGAGCCCAGCGCCACCGAGAACGGCCAGCUGGCACCCGGAGCCAUGGGCACCAGUGGGAAGGGCCAGGAGGUGGUGCUGGCGAAGCAGGGGCUGGGCAGCAGUGCUGAGGACAAGCGUCAGUGCGCCCUGUGCCUCCAGUACGGGGACACCCCCUCCAAGGAUGCGGGGCGGCUCCUGUACAUCGGCCAGAAUGAGUGGACCCACGUCAACUGCGCCAUCUGGUCGGCCGAGGUCUUUGAGGAGAACGAUGGGUCCCUGAAGAACGUGCACGCCGCCGUGGUGCGGGGGCGCCAGAUGCGCUGCGAGCAUUGCCAGCGCACUGGCGCCACGGUGGGCUGCUGCCUGUCGGCCUGUCUCAGCAAUUACCACUUCAUGUGUGCCCGCCUGCGCCACUGUACCUUCCAGGAGGACAAGAAGGUUUUCUGCCAGAAGCACACGGACCUGCUGGAUGGGACGGAGAUCGUCACCGAGGACGGGUUCAACGUGCUGCGCCGGGUCUAUGUAGACUUUGAGGGCAUCAGCUUCAAGAGGAAAUUCAUGGUUGGCCUCGAACCCGACACUGUCAACAUGAUGAUUGGUUCCAUCAAGAUUGACAGUUUGGGGCUGCUGACGGACCUGUCAGAGUGCGAGGGACGUCUCUUCCCCGUCGGCUACCAGUGUACCCGGCUGUACUGGAGCACGGUAGAUGCCCGAAGGCGCUGCUGGUACAAGUGCCGAAUCCUGGAGUGCCGGCCCCAGCUGAGCCAGAAGGAGCCAGACCUGCUGGGCGGGCAGGAGGAGAACCGGACCAUCGCGCACAGUCCUGCCACAGAUGCUCACCUCGGGGACUUGCACAUCCUGGGCUCAGCACCUGCCAUGCUGGCACCAGAAUGCCACUCACCUUCCCGCAACCCGGGGCCCCUGCCUCCCCCUGAAUCGGCCACCGCCUCUGUGCCCCGCUCCCUGGCCGGAGCCCGCAUCAAAGUGCCCAACUACUCGCCAACGCGCCGGCCCCUGGCUGGGGUCUCCUCCCGGCCGCUGCCAUCACCCAGCAGCACGUCGUCGAUGGCCCACCACAUCCUGACAGUGGGUGACCCGGACUUCACACCACUGCGCCGCCCCCGGCGCCACAGCCCCCUCUCAUCGCGCCCGCCCCCCUGCUGGGCCCCCUCCCCCCCACGCCCCGCCAGGACUCGGCCGCUUGGCCCUACCUCUCUCAGGGCAGGAGCCGCUCCCCCAGGGAGCAGCCCGCAGCACCCCCCUACCUCAGCCAGGCCCGGCCCACCUACCUCCCCCCCGGCACUGCCCCCAGAACUGGCCUUCGACGAGCUCAACGUCUCGGACCUGGAGUUCGACGACAGCCUGCUGGAUGAGACCUUCCAUGAGGGGGGCGAGGGGCGGGGGCCCUGCUCCUCACCUGGCCUGCCCCUGGCUGGCCCCAGCGACGAAGACGAGGAGGAGGAAGGGGCCGCGGGCACUGGGCGCUACUUCCACUUCCCCCGCAGAGUGGUGACACGGGAGCUGGACCUGGCGCCGUUCCCGCUGGACCUGCCGCUUCCCCACAUCGACCAGCUGGAUGGGGUGGAUGAUGGGGAGGGUGAGGGGCGGGGUGCCAAUGGCAAGCGGGUGGAGCCAGGGGUGGAGCAGGUGUUGGCUGGCCCUGCCCCCCCACCUGAGGACCUGCCCUCAGAGAUUGUGGACUUUGUGCUGAAGAACCUGGGCGAGGGCAAGGCCCCGGAGCCCAGCGUGAAUGGCAGCGAGGCAGGCCCCGCACCUGAGCCGGCCCGUGCCUUGGGCUGGGCGCCAGGCAGCCCGGGCGUCCGGGUGCUGGGCCCCGAGGCGCCCGCUCCCCCCAAGCCUGGCUCCAAGGUCAUUCUAGUCAACAAGCUGGGACAGGUGUUCGUCAAGAUGCAGGGUGGGGAGGAGGCGCCUGUGGGGGGUGGCCUGGAGGGGCCGGGCGCCCCUGCCAAGCCAGGCCCGGCUCUGCCCCCGCAACACCCAGCCAGCCUGGGCACAGUGAUCUUCCGUGCCGCGGCCCCGCUCGGCGUGGCCAGGAGCCCAGUGCCCACAUGGACCAUCCGAGCGCCAGUUCUCAGCAUGGUGCCCAUGGUGAAUGUGCUGCAGCCGUCAGGUGCUGGGGGGCAGCUCACCCUGAGCCCCUCGGCCCUGGUCACGCCCUCACUGGGACUGUCUCAGCCCUGUCUGCUGCAGCGCCUGGCCCUCAACUCAGGUCUGCUCCACCUGCCUGUCUCCCCGCCCCAGCCGCACCCUCACCAGUUCCCCAGCAGUGCCAAGAGGGUUUCUGCUGUUGCUGGUGCCCCCCCCAAGAGGCCCAAGCUGGAGGAAGAUGAGGAGCCGCUGCCCCCUGCGUCGCCAGCUGGUGCCCCCGACAGCCAGAGCAGGAACGGCUUCGCCAGCCCCCCGCAGGUCCCCGGGCCCGGCCGGGUGCGGAUGAAGACUCCCUCGGUGAAGAGCGUCCUGGAGCUGGUGGCGCGGAAGGAGCAGGCGGAGCUGAGCGAUGGGGGCAGCACAGGGUCACCCUCGGAUCCCUCUCUGGCCCCGGAGUGCAGCCCCCGCAUGCCGGAUCCCAGCCUGGAGCCUCUGCCGGAGCCCACGUGGCAUCGCUACACAGGGGAGCUGUCGAGCUCUGAUGAGGACACCCUGUACUGCGAGGAUAAGGAGAACGAGGCGCCACCCAAGAGCCAGCCGCACCUACGUUUUGAGAUCAGCAGUGAGGAUGGGCUCAGCAUACAGGCGGACAGUAUCGAUGGUGCCUGGAAGGCUGUGAUUGAGAGAGUGCAGGAGGCACGAGCCAACGCCCGCCUCAGGCACCUGUCAUUUGCUGGCAUGAACGGGGUGCGCCUGCUGGGCAUGCACCACGACGCCGUCACCUUCCUGGUAGAGCAGCUGCACGGAGCCAAGUCCUGCCACAAGUACAAGUUCCGCUACCACCAGCACGAGGAGGAGGAGGAACCGCUGCCCCUGAAUCCCAGUGGCUGCGCCCGGGCCGAGGUCUACGUCAGGAAAUGCACCUUUGACAUGUUCAACUUCCUGGCGUCGCAGCACCGCACACUGCCCGAGGGCGGCACCUAUGAUGAGGAGGAGGAUGAGGUGCAGCUGAAAUCCACCAGACGAGCCACCAGCCUGGAGCUGCCCAUGGCCAUGCGCUUCCGGCACCUCAAGAGAACCUCCAAGGAGGCUGUGGGUGUGUACAGGUCGGCCAUCCACGGGCGCGGGCUGUUCUGCAAACGCACCAUCGAUGCAGGCGAGAUGGUCAUUGAGUACUCGGGCAUCGUCAUCCGCUCAGUGCUGACCGACAAGCGCGAGAAGUACUACGAUGGCAAGGGCAUCGGCUGCUACAUGUUCCGCAUUGACGACUUCGACGUGGUGGACGCCACGAUGCACGGCAAUGCCGCCCGCUUCAUCAACCACUCGUGCGAGCCCAACUGCUACUCGCGCGUCAUUCACGUGGAGGGGCAGAAGCACAUCGUGAUCUUCGCCCUGCGGCGCAUCUUCCGCGGCGAGGAGCUCACCUACGACUACAAAUUCCCUAUCGAGGACGCUGGCUCCAAGCUGCCCUGCAACUGCGGGGCCAAGCGCUGCCGCCGGUUCCUCAACUAGCGCCCGCUGCUCUACCUAGGGUGCCCACCUUUGGGAGCUGGGAUCAGCCCCCUCCAGAGCCCCCUGAUUUCCUGCUACCUCCCCCCAGUCCUCCCCUCUUCCAGGCCCCCAGCAGCCCAGUGCUGGGCUUUUGGGGAGCAAGGGAGCCCAGCUGCUCAACUCCCCCAGACACUGGCCUGGGGAGGAAGGGCCCCUAGCGUUGGUGCUGGGGGCAGGGCCUGGUGCCCUAGAUUCCUCUGCUGUGAUCUCCUCCUUCGCCCCUCCCCCAACCCCUGGUUCCAGGGCAGCUUGUGGCUCCUGCCCCCAAGUGCCCCCCUUUUCUGGGCAGGGAGGAGCAAGACUUGACUUGGGGCAGGCCCCUUGGGGAACAGGGUCUUGCCCCUUUUUCAGAGCCCCCCAUGUGGGCUAGUGGGGUUUGCCCCAGAGCAGGGGAGCACAAUGACCCCCCUGCUGAUCUGCACUAGCAGAGGCAUGAGGUGUGUGUUUGUGUGUGUGUAUGUUGAGGGGGUGAGUUUGCCCAGCCCCCAUCUCCUGAGUCUGGACUCCCAGCUCUGGCCUGGGGACUGCUUUCCUUUUUGUACGGGGAGGGUGUGAGUGGGGGGUGGGGGGCCAGGGCAGGCCCCCCAACCCUGUAGAUAUUUGUACAGAUGUUUCUAAACCUGUUUAUUUUCUAUGCACUUUUUUAUUUAAAGCGGUGAGUCGGCCCUGUGCCCCCCGGCCCCGCCCUGUUGGUAUAAUUUUAAAUAAAUGGCCAUUUUCACA